AUGGCUCCUUGGCCCGAGUUGGAAAAUGCCCAGCCCGACCCCAAUAAAUACAUCGAAGGGACCUCCAGUCAGCAGUCCACCACCCCCACCAAAGACAAAGAGACCGACAAAAAUGACAAAGGGGCCCCUGUCACCAAGAUUGAACUCUUGCCAGCCUACUCCAUGGCGACUCUGAUCGAGAAGCCCAGCGAGGUGGAUGACCCCUGGGACCUGCCAGAGCUUCAGGACACUGGGAUCAAGUGGUCAGAGAGAGACACCAAGGGGAAGAUCCUUUGUGUCUUCCAAGGGAUUGGGAAACUGAUUCUGCUUCUGGGAUUUCUCUACUUGUUCGUGUGCUCCUUGGAUGUUCUCAGCAGUGCCUUCCAGCUUGUGGGAGGAAAGAUGGCCGGGCAGUUCUUCAGCAACAAUUCCAUCAUGUCCAACCCCGUGGCGGGACUGAUGAUUGGGGUGCUGGUAACUGUCUUGGUGCAGAGCUCCAGCACAUCCUCUUCCAUCGUGGUCAGCAUGGUAGCCUCCUCAUUGCUGACCGUCCGGUUUGCCAUCCCUAUCAUCAUGGGGGCCAACAUCGGGACCUCAAUCACCAACACCAUCGUGGCGCUCAUGCAGGCAGGGGACCGCAGUGAGUUCCGAAGGGCUUUUGCAGGAGCCACCGUGCAUGACUUCUUCAACUGGCUCUCCGUGCUGGUGCUCCUGCCCCUGGAGGCUGCCACCCAUUACCUGGAGGUCCUGACCAACCUUGUGGUGGAGACCUUCCACUUCAAGAACGGAGAAGACGCCCCAGCUCUUCUGAAGGUCAUCACGGAUCCCUUUACCAAACUCAUUAUCCAGCUGGAUAAAAAGGUCAUCAGUCAAAUUGCAAUGAAUGACGAGAUAGCCAAAAACAAGAGUCUCAUCAAGACUUGGUGCAAGACUUUUACCAAUGUGACUCAGAUGAACGUCACCGUCCCCUCACCUCAGAACUGCACCUCCCCUUCCCUCUGCUGGACGGACGGCGUCCAAACCUGGACCAUCAAGAACGUAACCUACCGGGAGAACAUUGCCAAAUGCAAGCACAUCUUUGUGAAUUUCAACCUCCCGGACGUCGCCGUGGGCACCAUCCUUCUCAUCAUCUCCCUGAUAGCUCUCUGCGGCUGCCUGAUCAUAAUUGUCAAGCUCCUGGGCUCGGUGCUCAAGGGCCAGGUCGCUACUGUCAUCAAGAAGACCAUCAACACCGACUUCCCCUUUCCCUUCGCCUGGGUGACCGGCUACCUGGCCAUCCUCGUGGGGGCGGGCAUGACCUUCAUUGUGCAAAGCAGCUCUGUGUUCACCUCUGCCUUGACCCCGCUGAUCGGCAUCGGCGUGAUAACCAUCGAGAGGGCAUACCCACUCACGCUGGGCUCCAACAUCGGCACCACCACCACCGCCAUCCUGGCUGCCCUCGCCAGCCCGGGCAAUACGCUGAAGAGUUCGCUGCAGAUCGCGCUGUGCCACUUCUUCUUCAACAUCUCCGGCAUCUUGCUGUGGUACCCGAUCCCGUUCACGCGCCUGCCCAUCCGCCUGGCCAAGGGCCUGGGCAGCAUCUCCGCCAAGUACCGCUGGUUCGCCAUCUUCUACCUGGUCUUCGUCUUCUUCCUGACGCCGCUGGCGGUGUUCGGCCUGUCGCUGGCCGGCUGGCACAAGCCUUUCAUUCCUGGGCUCUGUCCACGCCUGCCAAGCUUCAAACUUUUCUCAGGGGAAGGCUGGACUGUCCAGGAAACUAGGAUCACGGAGCACAGCUGGGUGCACGUGUCCACGGGUCAAAGGGGCGAGCUGCCCAUCCCAGACGCCUUCUAG